GGGAAAAUUAGCACCUCCCCUUGAUAGUUGGUACAGUCCUGCUAAUGCUGCUGUGCUAAUAACACACAGAGGAAACUAACGGAAGGCAUCAUGGUGAACUUCGCAGCAGCAGUCCGUGAGCACUGGGUCAAUAUCCUGGUCCCCCUGGGUUUCGUGAUCGGGGUUUAUCUGGACCGAUGGAAUGACCAGAAACUCACGGCGUUCAGGAACAAGAGUGCUUUAUACAGCAGGGAACUGAAGCCCGGUGAGGAAUACACCUGGAAGUGAGACUCCUGCAUAUUUAUUGGACCCUCUGUCCACCGUGUUUCUGAUUGCAAGCGUGUUGGCGCAAUAAAUUUUGCAUUUAGUUCCAUAA